AUGGAACGCAAGUACACAUGUUCCAGCUGUGCACAGCAUUUUACUCGUAGUGAUCUGCUCAGACGCCAUGUGCGGUUGCAUGCAUCGGAGACAGUCUCAACUACAGUGCAGCAAGCGGACCGGCAACCUGAUACCCUGCCUUUGAUAAUGCCACAGAUCUUAUCAGCAGACGUUCAUUCCUCGAGCAACCACGCCCCUGGCGCAUCGCUAACACAAUGGCCAUUGUGGGAUCACGCGGACUUGCUAUCCUGCGACCAUAUCCCAGAAGGUAUCCUCCAGGACGAAGCCUCUUGGCAGUCCUUUCUGCACAGUGACAGCACGUACUGCUUGACUGACUGGGACAUCAACGACACUUCGCCAGUCGGCGAGGACACAGCCAUGCGCGAUGCUGCGGUGGCAACAUCUCAGCCCAGUACUGCCCCCUCUCCUCCGAACGAAACAUCACGCGAAGAUCAAACACCCUUCGCUUGGGACCCGGCUUCCAGAAGAAUAUCUCACAUCGGUGAAGUUAUAUUCGAUCCUGAUGAUCCCUUGCUGUUGAAUGUCGAACCACGAUUUGCGCUCACACAAGAACGAUACCUGCACCUCAAGGCGGUUCUAAGACAGGAUAUUGUCACUAACGAUAGAAAGACUGUUGGGGGAAUGCCCAGUAUACCGUCCAUUGAAGUCUUGAACGUGUUUCUCUCACAGUUCGUCCGCUAUUUCCUGCCUCAGGCCCCAGUUUUGCAUUACCCAACGUUCGAGAUAAAUACCACUUGCCCAGACCACCUUCUCAUGAUCAUGAUUGCAAUCGGCGCUGUCUAUUGCAAGCGGAGGAACGUCCGGCGAUUUGCUAUCGUGUUGCAGGAUCUUGCAAGAUGUCAUCUCCUCAUGGCUGUUACCGCAAAUGAUGUUCUCUUGAAGGAUCCGAACACGGUGUACAGUUCGGCUCUAAUCCGCUACGCUGGUAUCUGGUGUGGCAACAAACGCGCAUUUGAACUUGCAGAAGCCUUGAGCGUUGUCGCGUGGACCCGCAGAUUGCCGAAUCACACACCUGCGACUGAAGGCAAUCGGACUGGCGAUCAAGAUGUUUGGCUCAACUGGAUCCGCAUCGAAUCCUUGAAAAGAUUGAAAUGGACAGUGUUCAUGUUCGACUUCCAGAUAUCUCUCCUUACCAACACGCCUCCCAACAUGAGUCUAAGUGAGGUUUUCGACUGGGAGUGUCCGUGUGAUGACGAGUACUGGACUGCGCCGACCGCCCGACAAUGCAAGCUUCUACUUGGCAGUGCGGUUGUGCCACCUUCGAAGUCAUUCGCUGCAGCAUUAGGUCCAUUCAUUCUGAACACACCAAACCUUCGACCGCUCAAACAGUUGAACGACUUCGGUGCCUUUCUGGUGCUUCUGUCGGUUAACAUGAGAGUAUUUCAUUACAAGGAAGAACAAAAUAUGCUUAUGAAGCUUGCACAUCUGGCGUUUGACGGCGGGGAGCAUGAACACAGCUUAGAGAAUCUACCAACUCCUGACCCCGAAGACUGGAAACCAUUGGCCAGAUCGCUCGAGCUCUGGAAACUGACUUAUGUCGGUACGGUGCAAGAUGACUCACGCGGUGGGUCCUUCUUUCAGGCAGCUGGCCAAGUCAUGAUGAACUUCUCUCGGCUUCAGAUGCAAACAUCAAUCUCAGAUCUACAGGAGAUUAUAGGGAAAUCCGGUCGACCCGGGUUCGUGGAGGCAAGAUCUAGAUUCACAAUAUGGUUCGCGACUCAUGCGGAGAACACUCGUAACCUCGUCAGCGUCUCUAUCAAAGCGAUCGAAGAGUCUCGCCGUGCGCUACUUGAUAACAAUCAUCGGGCAAUCUCUGUCGGCGAACUAUAUCCCGGGACACCAUCUACGUUGUCGCCAUACGGACCGAUCUACAUAUUCCUGAGUUAUGUCUUCCUUUGCGCUUGCGCUACCGCAAUGACGUUGGACCAGAAAGAGCAGCUAUACAAUCCGUUGUCGGCGCAGUUGGCUGGAGAAGUCCACAAUCCGAAUGAUCAUUCCAUUCUGGCUAAUCUGUGUGGCAGCGAUAACGACACAGCCGGGAAGGAGAUUCUCAGACACGCAGCACAGACAUUGGCCCUUUUCGAGAGUUGGGGAUGUUCAACAAAUUUGGCUCUGUUACUACACUGGAGGUCUAGGAUCAAUUAA